GAGAGUCGAGCACAUUCAUUUUACUUGAAAAUAUAUAUUUUAUAUAUAUUUUCAAUUAGAAAAAAGCAUCUGAAAUCCCUUAAACUCUUUUUCCUCCUGUGAUUUGUUUACCCUAUUAUGUAUUUCAAUAACUUUGAAGUCCGCACAGGUAUUAAAAAACCACGGAUUCCGUUAAAAAUGCCCUUGAAAUCAGUCAAUAAUUUUAAUAUAAUGAUCCAAUUUAGCCUUGUAGCUGAUAAUUUGACAGUGUUGGUGCUCAGAUGAUGACACCCAUAUCAGUUUUAUUCGGGUACUUAUAGCCAGGGUCUUAAGGAUUUGUCUUCAGCUAGAUGGAGAUUCUGAUGAUAUGGUCUUGUGUUUAACCAAGCUAUCUACAUAAAAAAACAUUAUUGCUCUGAAUGCAUGAUGACCAUGUCGAGUGAAAGUGAGGCAUUACCUGGCACUCAAUCACUUGAGUUAAAGCGAUUUAACCAGGCUAUAGAGCUAGAAAAACAAUUGCAUUCUCUGAUUGGAUCAAAAGGUUCAUCAAGCCUUAAUGUUCGCGAUCUACGCUUAAAGAUCCGAGAGAUCUAUGAAAAUAUUAUUCUGGAGGAUCAUGAGUAUGCAGAAGGCCAUGAAAUAGAGCAAGCUCUUUGGAGGCUUCAUUACAAACAAAUUGAAGAAUUCCGAACCAGGAUUAGGAUAAGUGUGGCUGCUACCACAUCUGGGCCAACCAUUCCUAUGCCUGGAGCUAAACAUGUUAUAAAGAAUGAGCCCGUUCACAAGGUUUUGGCAAGUUUCAGGAGCUUUUUAUCUGAAGCAACAGGAUUUUACCAUGAGUUCAUGUUGAAGCUCAGAGCAAGGCAUGGACUUUCUCAAGAUUUCUUUUCUAACGAGGAGGUUCCUUGUAUGAAUAAUCAGAAGACUGCUGCAGAUCUGAAAAGAUGUCAGUUGUCAUGCCACCGAUGCUUCAUAUAUUUGGGUGACUUGGCACGGUAUAAAGAACUGCAUGGAGAUGGGGAUAGUCAAAACCAUGAUUGGUCAAUUGCUGCUGGUUAUUACUUGAAAGCAGUCUCUAUCUGGCCAGCAAGUGGAAACCCUCAUAACCAGCUUGCUGUGCUGGCAACAUAUGUAGGAGAUGAGCUGCUAGCGUUGUAUCGCUAUUUCCGGAGUUUGGCAGUUGAGCUACCUUUUGGGACUGCAAGGGACAACCUUAUUCUGUUGUUUGAGAAGAAUCAACUUCACUAUUUCCAGCUUUAUGCUUGUGCCAAUGAGUCAAACUCCCAGGCCCCAAAAGUUUGUGAGAGUUCAAAAACAAAAGGUGACAAGACUCUUUCAAUAGGCGAUGGAUUGAAGUUGACUAUAAAAGACCAAAGGCACCUUGGUAUUGGAGAUAAUGUGGGUUCAAUUUCAGAUUUGAGGAAAAGUUUUCGUGUUUGCUUUGUACGACUAAAUGGCAUUCUUUUUACAAAGAUAAGCCUGGAGACAUUUCCAGAGGUUUAUGCUGCUACCAUACAUGACUUGGAGCAAUUGCUUGCUUUAGAUGAUACAUGCCUUGAAGCAGGCUUAGGCUCAGAGCUUCGAAGUGGGAUAGGCACUGGAAGCAGCGGGGCUGCUGGGGUACUGCAGCUUGUAUGCAUCCUUAUUUUCACUGUGCACAAUGCAAAUGGAAGCAAUUCUGUGCAGCAACCAACCUAUGCUGAAAUUUUGCAGCGCUCUGAAUUAUUACAGAAUGCACUGACCAUAGCAUUUGAGUGUGCAGGCCGACUUAUGCGUAGAUGUGCAGAUGCAAACGAUGUCUCUAGUAGCCCUUUUUUGCCUGCAAUGCUAAUUUUUAUGGAGUGGUUGGCUUGCAGGAAAGAGAUUACAAUUUCAAGUGAAGAGGAUGAAAAGCAAGCAAAUGCAAGGUACUUCUUUUGGAAACAGUGCAUCGAGCUUUUGAACAAAUUACUUGGAGGCAAGGAUUUGAAUGCUGGUGCCACCUUUAGUAGUGUGGAUAACCCUCAAAUUAUAAUUGAAGGCGAUGUUACAUUAUGGGAAGAUUUUGAGCUGCAAGGGUUUGUUCCUCUUCUUCCUGUCCAGAGGGAAUUAGACUAUUCAAUUACCCCUACCAGAGUAGGGUUGAGAGAUAAAAAGGAACAACAGGUCCGUGUUCACCGACUCUUGGCUGCAGGAAAGACCAUUGGAACUGCAUUUAGUGGGAGUGGAAGAGGAAUCACUUAUGAUAAAGAGACUGGAAAGUUUUACUUGGCUGGGAAAAUGAAUGAUAACAAUACAUCUGUAAAUGGACAGAUCAUAGCCAAAGAGGUGGCUGAAUCUGACCAAGGUAUUUCAGAAGUACCUAAUAUUGGGUAUGUAGGUGGAUUUAAAGAAAACAAAGUAGCAAUGACAGAUGCAUUACCACAAUCAGUCAAUGGGGAUGAAGACGACGAAGAGUACAUUGUUUUUAAACCUGUGCCAAAGGAUGUCUCUGCUAUGAAUACAAUGCGUAUCUCUGCAGAUAAAGAAUCUGGUGAAGUAUCUUUUAAUGUCCCAAAUGUUUCUGUUACCUACACAUCAACUGCUUUCCAAGGUAAAAUUCCACUUGAGAAAUUAGAAAUAUCUAGCAUCGGCAAGGAGUAUUCAGUAGGUGCUGUAUCUCAUGGGUUAAUUCAAUUUCCUACAUGUUCCUUUUCUGAUUAUCUUCCUGAUGCAUUACUUCAAGGUGAUGGUGUGGCUAUAAACCAUGCUGCAUCUUUGGGUCAAGCAGUUACUGGGAUUGGUUCUGCAGCAUCCAGCACUGUGCAUUCAUUGGUUGGUACAACUGUUUCUUCAGUUAUUCCCAGUCGUGGAAAUGUUAGUCCAGUGUGCCAAGGAGGACUGCAGCUGAACAAGCAAAAUAGCAUCGGAGGGCCAUUAUCUGCUCUCCCUAGCCUCACGCUAAGCAGCUGGGGCAUCCAGAAUCACGAUGUGAUGCUCAAGGGUGGGUUGGGAAAUUCAAAAGUCAAUUCCCCAGGUAUUAUUGGACAACAGAAGCAUAUUGAUAUGAGUUUGUCAUAUUGGAAUACGCAGAUAGAUGUGCCAUCCCUUGCUGGACUGUCAGACCUCUCUAUUAAUGACUUAGUAUCAUCUCAGGCAGCUUGUGAGAAAUAUGGCAUGUCAUCAAAUUUCACGGGACUUAAUUCACAGCAUGACAGAAAUCAGCUUAGUGGUAUCCCUUCUAGUAUUUGUACAGAUUCUCCUUUCUCAGUUGCUAGGCCACAUCCAUCAGCACCUUUGCUUCCAGAGGAAAAUAAUAUUAAUAGUUCUCCAGAUAUUUCCACUGGUAUGCAAUACAUGAAUCAAUCAGGAAAUGUCAGUAUAGAGGCGAAAGGUAUAAAUUCUGCAUUUACAAUGCAAUUGGAGUGCUCAGAUUUGGGAAAAUCUUCUUUAAAGACAUUUCGUCCUAGCGGUCAGCCUGUAGCCAAAGAGAACCCUGGCAGAAGUUGGAUGGGACCUUCUGCUAUUGGUCCACCCCCUGGUUUUGGUUCUACUCGAUUCAUGUCUGGGCAGAGUGAUGAAGAUGCUGAAGCUCCUCUUCAAGUUGAUGAUUAUGCAUGGCUUGAUGGUUACACGUCCUCUGGAAUCCAUGGUAUGAACAGUGAAAAGUAUGGAAACUGGGGCCUUCCAAUGUAUUCAUCAGACAAUGGUAUAUGGACAUCGAGUGAUAAAUCUCCUGUCUCACCAGAUAGCACAGGCUUUCCAUUUCCAGGAAUUGGAUUGUCUGGAUUUUGCCAUGCUGAUGAUCAGCCACAAAAGCAGACACUAGAUUUGCAGUUUUAUGAGCAGUUGUUGCAUGACCAGCAGAGUAAAUGGUUUGAUUAUAGCAUGGAGGCAAAGCCCUUGCAAUUUGGAACCCUACAAUCACUCUAUGAGGCCCAGCAGCAAUCUGAGUCUCAAAAACAGUUACUUUUACUACAAAAGCAGCAAGAAUGGUACAGACAGUAUCAUAUGGGUGGUCCAUUUGCAUCAUAAAGAAGGAUGCGUAACUAUAUCGUGAACACAUAUUUAAUAUGUCUCAAUGGCAAGAGUCUUUCCCAAACAUAGAAGAUAUAAUCUGGGACUGCCAAUCCAGUUUCUAAAUCUUAACAAUGAUAGGCAGGUUUUUGUUACUACACUCAGCAUACCUUCCAGAUGUUCCAAUCAUAUUUGGUAGCAAUUUUGCUGAGUAUGCAAGGACUUGAACCAAUAUAUUAACUAUCAAUGCAAGCUUUGAAGAAUCCACUGAAAGAGAAAGAAUAUAUGCAAUCAUUUAUAGAUAAAACUGGAAUUGGUAAUCCCAUCGAGUCUGCUGGAUGUUGUUCAUGGAAUCAUGAGUUUUAACUUAGGACAUGAAUGUUGCUGAUUGAACCAAUGAAGCUGAAGCUGUUUGUACAUUUUAUCUGGGAGCAAGAUUUGAGACAUAUAGGUGGUUUAUGUACCCAUUAUGAUACCAAUCUUGGCUUUGUGGAAACCACCAUAACUGAAGGGAGGAGCUUUGACUUGCAACUGAGCAUUCGGAAACUUUUUAGCUUGUAUUCUUCUGAUCCAUUUUGAGUCCAUCUUUCAGCUUGUUGAAGAAUCCCCAAAUAAUUUAAAGACGACAGUUUUGUCACAGAUUAUCAAGCGCAAAAUACUUCAUUUGCUUGUUCAGAUAAGGCAUCUAGUGCCUAUACUAUUGCUACUUGAUUAUAACUUAUAAUAUAAUGUUUUUGUAAUUGAGUUUGUUAAAAGAACUGAGAGGACUGAAUCCGAUCAUGUGAACAUUUAGUAUAUAUCUAGUUAUAAUUGCAGCUUGUAUCUACUCACAUGUAAAGAGUAAAAUUGUGCUUUGGCGUAUUAGUCUGACUUGUGCACAUAAUCACUGUAAUAAUAUAGUAUUAUUAGGAUGUUUGAUCCUUUCCA